AUGGAAGAUAAUGAAAAACAGAUGAAUUCAAAUGAAUGUGCUGAUCAUAAGGAUAAGCAAGAAGAAAAGAAUGAAGGGCAGGUGAGUUAUCAUCGAACGAGUGUGAACAAAGGAAGAAGUGCAAACGAUGUACGAACGUCCACGACACGGCUCUCACGACCAGUACAAAGCAUGACGUCAAAAACCGGAUCUGAAUCGGAUUUUGACAGCGAUCAAUCCAAGUCUUGGUCAGUAUCACUGCCGUCAACAUCGUUGAAAUACGAUCCAGCAUGGACGAAACGGAUUGGAGAGUAUGCGGCAUUGGAAGACAUGAAAACGUCGAAAGCUGAGGACAUGGAUUUCAAUGACAACUUACGUCGAUGUUGUGAAGCGAUGCAAGCAGGCGUCCACCCGUUGCGCAUCCAGUCCGGUAGUUCGGGUUCAUAUUUCAUUCGUGACAAGAAUGGAGAAAUAAUUGCUGUGUUCAAGCCAAAGAGCGAAGAGCCGUUCGCGCCACUCAAUCCCAAAUGGCCCAAAUUUUUUCAACGAAUUCUUUGUUUUUGUUGUUUUGGUCGAGCGUGUUUAAUACCCAAUAACGGAUAUUUAUCCGAAACUGGUGCUUCACUUGUCGACGAAAAACUUGAGUUACAUAUUGUACCGAAAACACGCAUCGUGAAGCUUGCAUCUCCAGCGUUCUUCUACUCACGAUCAUGCUUCAAGACGAAUUCACCAAAACCAAAAGACGGCAGUUACCAGGUAUUCGUGAACGGUUAUGUGAGCGCGAGUGAUAUUAUACCGGAGUGGUCAAAGGAUGCUCAGUCGUGUCCACUAUCAGCACAAGAAGCGAAUCGAUUCAAGAUUUUGUUUCAGAAGAUGUGCAUUCUUGAUUAUAUCAUUAGAAAUACAGAUCGACAUAUGGAUAAUUGGCUAAUCAAGUCAGUUAUUAUCCCAAAUAUCCAGGAAAAUGCGAACAAUAUGGAGGGGUUUCUGAUAGUUCGAAUUUUCUUCAGAUAUCGAAAAGGUCAAGUUCUCGAAAUAGCAGCAAUAGACAACGGACUCGCAUUCCCGGUGAAACAUCCUGAAACAGCCAGUCGCUUAAGAACAUUCCCGUUUGGAUGGGCGCACCUUAGCUGGGCAAAAUUGCCAUGGGAUGAGGACUUACGAUCAAACCUUUUGGCUUUGUUGACACCUGAAUUUGUACAAACAUUAUCGGAUGAUAUAAAGAUGUUAUUCAAAUACGACAAAGAAGUGAAUCGUUUUCUCAAAUACAAUCAAUUAAGGGUAAUGCGAGGCCAGGUAAGUGCCUGCCAAAUAAUCACUUCUAUUCAUUUCACUUUCACUGUUCACUAA